GGCCCCGAGCAGCCCGCGCCAGCACACCCGGCUAGCCCCGGCAGCCAUUUUGCCCGGAGAAGCCGCACAGGACACGGACCCCCCAAGGGCACGGACCGGAAGCGGAAGUGUACCACAAUCUUCUUCCGGGCGGACGCAAGGCCGGAAGCAGAGGUUCCGGAUUCCGGGUACCGUGAUGAAAGGAGGGAAGACAGACAGCCGGCAGAAAGAGAAGUGGGCUGCCAUGGAAUCACCAGAAGAGCCCGGCACGUCCAUGGACGAGAACUACUUCGUGAACUACACCUUCAAGGACCGCUCGCACUCUGGCCGGGUGGCCCAGGGCAUCAUGAAGCUGUGUCUGGAGGAGGAACUCUUCGCUGAUGUCACCAUCUCAGUGGAGGGCCGGGAGUUCCAGCUCCACCGGUUGGUCCUUUCGGCUCAGAGCUGCUUCUUCCGCUCCAUGUUCACGUCCAACCUGAAGGAGGCCCACAACCGCGUGAUAGUGCUGCAGGACGUGAGCGAGUCUGUCUUCCAGCUCCUGGUGGAUUAUAUCUACCACGGCACGGUCAAACUCCGAGCUGAAGAGCUGCAGGAGAUCUACGAGGUGUCGGACAUGUACCAGCUGACGUCUCUCUUUGAGGAGUGCUCUCGCUUCUUGGCACGCACCGUACAGGCAGGGAACUGCCUGCAGGUGAUGUGGCUGGCUGACCGGCACAGUGACCCUGAGCUCUACACGGCUGCCAAGCACUGCGCCAAGACCCACUUGGCCCAGCUGCAGAGCACCGAGGAAUUCCUCCACUUGCCCCACCACCUGCUCACGGAUAUCAUCUCAGAUGGAGUUCCGUGUUCCCAGAACCCAACAGAGGCAAUAGAAGCCUGGAUCAAUUUUAAUAAAGAAGAAAGAGAGGCUUUUGCAGAAUCGCUAAGGACCAGCCUGAAGGAAAUUGGGGAGAAUGUGCAUAUUUACUUGAUUGGGAAAGAGUCCUCACGUACCCACUCGCUAGCCGUGUCCUUGCACUGUGCGGAAGACGACUCCAUCAGCGUGAGCGGCCAGAACAGCUUGUGUCACCAGAUCACGGCUGCCUGCAAGCACGGAGGCGACCUGUACGUGGUGGGAGGCUCCAUCCCGCGCCGCAUGUGGAAGUGCAACAAUGCCACAGUCGACUGGGAGUGGUGUGCACCUUUGCCCCGGGACCGGCUGCAGCACACCCUGGUGUCUGUGCCCGGCAAGGAUGCCAUCUACUCCCUGGGUGGCAAGACCCUGCAGGACACCCUCUCCAAUGCAGUCAUCUAUUACAGGGUGGGUGACAAUGUAUGGACAGAGACGACCCAGCUGGAGGUGGCUGUGUCGGGGGCCGCGGGGGCCAACCUCAAUGGGACCAUCUACUUACUGGGCGGGGAGGAGAACGACCUGGACUUCUUUACCAAACCCUCCCGACUCAUCCAAUGCUUCGACACAGAGACAGACCGCUGCUACGUGAAGCCCUACGUGCUGCCCUUCGCAGGCCGCAUGCAUGCUGCUGUGCAUAAGGAUCUGGUGUUCAUCGUGGCUGAGGGGGACUCCCUGGUCUGCUACAAUCCCCUGCUAGACAGCUUCACUCGGCUCUGCCUUCCUGAGGCCUGGAGCUCCGCCCCGUCCCUCUGGAAGAUCGCCAGCUGCAACGGAAGCAUCUAUGUCUUCCGGGACCGCUAUAAGAAGGGGGAUGCCAACACCUACAAGCUUGACCCCGCCACUUCAGCUGUGACUGUCACCAGAGGCAUCAAAGUGCUGCUUACUAACUUGCAGUUUGUGUUGGCCUAGGCUGGGUGGGGGUUGGGGGAGCAGCUCGCUCCUGUGUUCUCCUGUUUUCCAGCACCUCCCCCGAACCCCCAUUCAGAGUAGCAUUCUUUGAGGGUCACUCCUCUGCCCUCCCAUGAACCCAUGGAGGUGUCAUCUGGGCCUGUAGAACUGCUGCUGCCCAGCUGGCCACGGGAGCUGCGGGAGCCAGCCCCCACUCUGCUGGCCGCUGGCAGCAAGCCCUCUCACAGAUCAGGCACAGCCUCACUUUGCCUGAUCAGUGGUCCCAGUGCAGAAGAAAGGCUGCCCAAUCUUGUUCCUUUUUUUCUCCUAUUUCCUAUGAAAUGGCUAUUUGAUAAUUUUUCCACACACACAAGAAAAUUAUGUGUUCAAGUUUUCCUUCAGGCUUGGGUUGUGAGACUAAGCUGAAGAUGUACUUCACCAGCAAGAGUCAACUGUACAAUUCAAGGUGUUCCUUCUAUUAUCUACUCACCUGUCGAGAAGUGGAACUUUGGCUUUAUUUUUGGCUUACGCCAAGGGAUAAGCCUGAAAGUUGAAAGGAUUAUUUCUGGCUGAUUGCAGAAACAUUUUCAAACUCAAUUAUAUAAGGCCUCUGCUCUUUUUAAAACCUCUGAGUUACGUGCAGAUCUAGGAAUCGUUCCUAUAAAUAAAAGGUUCUUUUGAA